UAUCAGUGACCAGUUAGCUGUGCUAGCUAGUUCGGGUCAGGUCGCAGGGGUUCUGCUGGACAGUUGAUCAUGGCUCUGAGGGCGAUCCGGCUGGUUUUCCCUUCGGUGGCAACCGCUUUCAAAACCGCGAAUGUUGUUCAGAAGACGUCUGUGCACAUGACGGCGGUGAGGAAGCUGAAGUAUGGCUGGUGGGCGUAUGCACUGGGUGAGAGGACCACGCCGCACUUGAAACAGUCCAGCAAGAUCAUUUCAGUGGACGGCAACCUAGCGUCAGGCAAAGGAGCGCUGGCACAGAAGCUGGCUGACAAGCUUGGGAUGCUCUACAUGCCCGAACCCGACACCUUCUACUUGGACAAGAUGUCUGGGGAGAAGGAGCCCCUCCCGGUCGACUUCAAUGGGAUGUGCAGCCUGGAGAAGUUCUACAUGGACCCGAAAGCAGCCGACGGGAACAGCUACAGGCUGCAACUGUGGAUGUACAUCAUGCGCCUGCUGCAGUACUCAGACGCCAUCGAACACUUGCUCACCACAGGUCAAGGUGUCAUCAUGGAGCGUUCGCCCUUCAGCGACAUGGUUUUCCUGGACGCCAUGUUUAAACAGGGCUAUAUCAGGAAAGAGUGUGUGCAGCACUACAAUGAGAUCAAAGACAUCAGCAUCUGCGAGUUCCUGCCUCCGCACCUCGUCGUCUACGUGGACGUGCCUGCCGACGAGGUCCAGAAGAAGUUGACACAAAGUGGCAAGUCGUAUCUUCAGAAUGUGCCGUUGCCGUAUCUGAAGAGCAUCGAGGACAGCUACAAGAAGUCCUUCCUCCCACAAAUCAGUGAAAAGUCUGAGUUGUUGGCGUAUGACGCGACCCAAGCGCAAGACGUCGAGAAGGUGGUGGAGGACAUUGAGUAUUUGAAGUUUGAGAAAGGCCCGUGGCUGGAACAGGACGACGUCACCUACCAUCACAUGAGAAUGCUUGUGGAAGACAAACAGAAGGUGGCAUCGUUGACCCACAUACCCAGGUUUCUGCCCGAGAUCACCAUCGGGGCGCACGACUUUGAUGAAAAAUACUACGCCUUUAAAUCGCUUCCUGGGAAGAAAUAUGCUCGGGGUUAUAACACAGACGUCGGAGACAAAUACAUCUGGCUCAAGUGAGGAAGAACACUUUCUGGCUCGCCAGCGACAAAUGAGCUUGCAGCCUGCAAUGUUAGCAUAUUGUCUCCACUUGUACAUCCUAUUAUGUACGUAUUAAAAGAAUACAUUUUCUCAUACACAUCCACGAUGUGUUAUUGGAGUGCACUUACACACACCGGCCACUUCAUUGGAGACUCCUUCACUAUCUAAUAAGAUCCAACAUAAAAAUAUUCGGCCUUUACAAAGAUAAUGCUCAUUCAGUUGGAAUAAUUUAACAAUGUUCAUUAUUGUGGUUGUACAUCGUAACUUAAGAUUGUUUUGACCCACUUGUGAAACUAAAUGAGGUCAUAAAGUUCAAGCUGCUGCUA